AUGAUGCCAACGGGUAGAUUGCCGAGCUUGCUGAAGCAACAGAUUCCGAGCAGUAGCAAGGCCGUCGCCUUGUGUCAUGUCGCCCGUCUCUCCAAGGCUAGAGUUUCAGGGCUGGUGGUCGUGCAACUUCGGCGAGCAUCUACAUCAAAUACAACCGAGCACAAACAUACCGGACCCGACGGUGAUACGGCCAAUGUGGGACAUAUAUUGACGAUCGGCCAGAAUUCAUUACCUGGGCAGUCAAGGACCCCAUACUGGCGCACUGUCAAGAUUUGGCAAGACAUCACGGAGGAGCAGUUCAUGAAUCACAGAUGGCAGACUGCCAAUAUCGUCGAGCACAGGGCAAAGCUCAUUAAAUUUCUUCAUUCGACACUUCCGGCCAAGAUUCCACCAGCUAUUAGCGACGACAAAGUGCAGCCGACCUGGACCCGCGAGGAAUUCGUCAACGAUGUCGAAGAAGGAAUGAAGGUCGCUCCCAUGAACGUGCGGCUGACGCCUCACAUCCUCAGCGUAGUCGACUGGGCCGAUGCACUCAACGACCCCAUUCGACGCCAAUUCAUACCCCUGAAGUCGACCAUAGUACCAGAUCAUCCGAAGCUUACGCUGGACUCGCUGCACGAAGAGGAGGACAUGCCUAUAAAGUACUCUUCCUCGGCAAGUGAAACGUCGACUCUAGGACGCGGGAUGAAGACUGACUGUGGGCCAGCCACUUCUGUCUGUCCAGUUUACUGUCGCUACUGUACUCGUUCCUAUGCCGUUGGAGGGCACACGUCGACCAUCAAGAAGAACUCGAUCAAACCCGGUCGUAGUCGCUGGGAGGAGAUGUUCAAGUACAUCGAGCAGACGCCGGUCAUCCAGGAUGUUGUACUUUCGGGCGGUGACUCCUACUAUCUCCAACCAGAACAGCUUCGUGAGAUUGGCGAGCGCCUUCUCUCCAUCCCGAAUGUCAAGCGCCUCCGUGUCGCUACGAAGGGCCUUGCGGUGUCACCAGUGCGCAUUCUCGAUCGCUCAGAUGGCUGGACCAACACCUUCCUGAGCCUCAGCAAUCAAGGCCGCAAGCUGGGCAAGCAGGUCGCGAUCCACACCCAUUUCAAUCACCCGAACGAGAUCACGUGGAUCACCGAGCUCGCCGCUCAGUAUCUGUUCGAGCAAGGCGUGAUCGUUCGCAACCAGACAGUGCUUCUUCGUGGCGUCAAUGACAACGCUGCGACCAUGUCUGCUUUGAUCCGUAAGCUCGCGGAGCUCAACAUCACGCCAUACUACGUCUACCAGUCCGAUAUGGUCAAAGGCAUCGAGGACCUACGCACGCCACUCUACACGAUCAACGAGCUGGAGAAACAGAUUCGGGGCACGAUCGCAGGCUUUAUGAUGCCGAGCUUCAUAGUCGAUGUGCCCGGUGGUGGUGGUAAAAGGUUGGCCAACAGCUUCGAGUCGUACGAUAGGGAGAGUGGUCUAAGCACGUGGAAGGCCCCAGGUGUUUCGGGCGACGAGAUCUACGAGUACUACGAUCCAAUCACUACAACAAUAGCAUAG